UUUUUAUCCUUGCUAUUAAAAUACCUACAUUAAAUUCAAAUUCUGAAAGUAAUAAUGACGCGUGUGAUAAUAUUAUGUGCAACCAAAGCGCUUAAAAAACCGGCCGGACGUACCCGAAGUACCUACAACAAACAAUUCAUUGAAGUGUCUCGCGGAGCGAGUUGCCGGACUGGUUGGCAACACGGCGGCAUUCAUUACCUGAGUCAGUUGGAAUAUAAACCGGUUUUCUCGCUAUAGCUGUGGACGAAAGAAGCGGGGAGCAACGCGCGAGGAAAAGCGAGCCAGAGCGAGGCCGGUCACUGCGCUUGCUCGCGACACGCGCAUUAAAAAGCCCAUAAUAAAACACGUAAAAGUUGGCUGAACUAAUUAUCGAGUGACGUCAUGGAGGCUUUCAUCGAAGGAGUCCGUGCUCAACCUUGCCUGUGGAAUCCCUUGCAUCAAGACUACCGCGAGACACACGUGAAGGACGAUGCCUGGCAGCGAGUUGUAGACCAUUACAACGACAGUUCCAUACCUAAUAUUCAUGUCGCUAAAACAGAAUGGAAAAAGUUGCGUGAUAAUCAUCGGGAUGCGUUAAAGCGCGCGAAACUUGGCAAGAACAAAUUAUUGCCGGCCCAAAUUACUACGUGGAAAUACGCCAAAGUUAUGCAGUUUCUAGAACCACAUAUGAAGUAUCGUAUUACAGAAAACAUUGAGAUGGACCCACCGACGACAGGCUCAACCUCAAAGAAUUCUGACCAAGAUGUGUCAACUACAGAAGCGCCAGAAACGAUCGAGAGUCCAAGCAAACGUCGGUGCACUGGCCUCGACCGGUCCAAUGAAGUGAAGGCAAAAAGCGAUCCAGAUGCCUUAGAAUCUUUCUUCAACUGUAUAUUACAAAGCACGAGAGAAAUGCCCCAAUGGAUGCAAACACAAGUUAAGAAAAAAAUCUUCGCAGUUAUUAUUGAAUCGGAGGAAUACUUAGCUCAAGAUCAAAACCCUAAACAUUAUGAACCCCAUAUCGCGAUUGAGACUAAAAUAAAGACUGAAGUUUUUACGGAAGAUAGCUGUGAUAGAUCGUAUUCUUGAAAUUAAGCUUAAAAAUAUUGCGUCACCUCUGAUGAUGUUGCGAUUACUUUCUGACACUGAUUUUGAUGUCGGCAUUUCGAAUAAUCGUAAACCUGAAAAAGUACAUUUUAAACUGUGAUAGUGUUUAGAAAAUGGUUUCAUGUUAUAGUAUAAAAAUUACAGAAUACCUACCACAGUCUUUGGAGAGCUGAUCGCUAACUUCAGGUGUGCUGGGUGGGCUUUUGAUCAGUUCCUGCAGCCGGCCGAUACGUACGGAGUAGCUGUGCCUGCCUGGGUGCUCAUGCUCCAGUGUGAAGACAGACGCGGCGGAUCCUAGCAUCAAGGCAUAUUCGUCACCUUCCGAUCCGUCCAUGUCUCGCCGUGAGCGAACCUAUUUCGGGCCAUUAUUAUUGCUUAUAAUGUUACUGUUAACUAAGUAUUUUAUACUAGUGUUACGUAAAGAUUUUAAAAACUUA